CGCGAUGCCUCCACGGCCAAUGCCUGCCUCCUCCGCGUCCACUUGACAAUAGAAACCGACAUGAACUCGUCAGGAAACUGAGCCGGAGGUUCACACCACAGCUCCUCGUUUAUAUGUCCCCGGAGACAGUCCGGAGCGCUUCAUUCACGCACCGAAACCCCGUGACGAGAAUAUUUUUUUAAUGGAAAAUGGCGAUAGGCAAAAGGUCUUGCAGCAUCGUCUGCUUGGUAUCUAUCCAGAUUAUCUUGAUUUUCAGCGCAUCGUGGCCUGGAGCAGCGGCUCUCACAUUCCCCCAGCAAUACACGAUAAUGCACUGGGCCAGACGCAUCGAGCAGGAGAUUGACAGAGUCUUUCAGCAAAUCACUGGAGCUCAGCAGUUGAAAGGGAUAUACAAUGAAGAAAGAAGACGAUUUAGUCUGGUGAAGAAUCAGCCUCGGAAGAUUGUGGAGAAGGUGGCCUCAGACAUAGAAAAACUCCUGGCUAAGAAGCGUAAAGCUCUUGAUAGGUUAGCCAGUGAAGCAGAGCGGCUCCAGCGAGAGCAUCUAUGGCAGGAUGGGAUCAAGGAGCUGGACAUGGCUUAUUAUGACUCUAAAGCUGAGCUGGAUUAUUAUUCCAUGGAUGGAGAAGGAGAGGUGGAAAACCCAUCACAUAUCAAGCUGGAGUUUGUUUAUGAUCCAAACUUCAAAAACAAUGUCAACUAUUCAUACACAGCUGUUCAGAUUCCCACAGAUAUUUAUAAAGGAGCUCCAGUCAUUCUGAAUGAGUUGAACUGGACACAGGCGCUGGAGAAAGUCUUCAUGGAGAACAGCCGGGAGGAUCCGUCACUGCUGUGGCAAGCGUUCGGGAGUGCGACGGGCGUCACCCGCUACUAUCCAGCGACACCUUGGAAAGCACCUGAUAAAAUCGACCUGUAUGAUGUCAGGAGGAGGCCCUGGUACAUCCAGGGCGCCUCAUCCCCUAAAGAUAUGGUCAUUCUUGUUGAUGUGAGUGGUAGUGUCAGCGGACUCACCCUAAAACUGAUCAAAGCGUCUGUGAUGGAAAUGCUGGACACUUUGUCUGAUGAUGACUAUGUCAACGUGGCCAGGUUCAACGAGAAGGCCGAGGCCGUGGUUCCUUGCUUCAAACAUCUAGUCCAGGCUAAUGUGCGCAACAAAAAGAUCUUCAAGGAUGCAGUGCAGCAGAUGCAGGCUAAAGGCACCACUGACUACAAGUCUGGAUUUCAUUUUGCCUUCAACCAGCUGUUAAAUAAGACAAAUGUCCCCCGGGCUAACUGCAAUAAAAUAAUCAUGCUGUUUACUGAUGGAGGGGAGGACAGAGCUCAGGACGUCUUCAUGCAAUACAACUGGCCCAACAAAACGGUUCGAGUAUUCACCUUUUCUGUGGGUCAACACAACUAUGAUGUCACUCCCUUACAAUGGAUUGCAUGCACCAAUAAAGGUUACUAUUUUGAGAUCCGUUCCAUCUGUGCUAUAAGGAUUAACACCCAGGAGUACCUCGAUGUGCUGGGGCGCCCCAUGGUUCUGGCAGGCAGCGAUGCCAAACAGGUUCAGUGGACCAAUGUGUAUCAGGAUGCAUUGGGUCUUGGCAUGGUAGUAACUGGGACUUUGCCUGUAUUUAAUCUCACCAUGGAUGGAAACUCACAGAAUCAGCUGAUAUUAGGUGUCAUGGGAGUUGAUGUGCAUCUUGAUGAGAUAAAGCGACUGACGCCACGCUACAAUCUUGGAGCCAACGGAUACAUAUUUGCCAUCGAUCCAAAUGGAUAUCUUCUCCUACAUCCUAACCUCCAACCAAAGCUUGUGAACCUCCCUGAACCCGUGACGCUGGACUUCCUAGACGCAGAGGUGGAGGACACCAACAAAGAGGAGAUCCGCCGCCAAAUGAUUGAUGGAAGACCAGGGGACAUGCAGGUCAAAACACUGAUCAAGUCGAUUGACGAGAAUUACAUUGAUGAGGUGUACAGGGGUUACACCUGGACUCCUAUCAACGGCACAGAUUACAGUCUUGGCUUGGUACUACCCCCUUACAAUGAUUACUACAUCCAGGCAGACCUGAGUGAUGUGAUGCUGCAGCUCCAGUAUAUGCAGUCGCUGCUGCCCAGCUCCUUUGAAUCAUCAGGACAUGUGUUUCUGGCUCCACGGGAGUACUGCAAGCGUCUGCACCUUUCUGACAACAACACCCAGUUUUUGCAGAACUUCCUUUCGCUCAUUCUGGAUAUUUCUCCAGAGUCUGAUGAGUGUGACCAAAGCCUCAUCCACAACCUGAUUUUGGAUUCUAGGAUUAUUGGGCAGCUGGCCUCUCGUGUAUGGAAGAACAAGGACCUGAAUUCGUACGGCUUCCUGGCUGUGUUUGCAUCCACAGAUGGUGGAAUAACGCGAGUUUUCCCCAACAUAGCUGCUGAGUUAUGGGAGGAAGAUCCUGAACCCUUUAAUUCAAAUUACUAUAGACGGAGCCUCGACAACAGAGGUUACAUGUUCAGAGCUCCACCCAGAUCCUCCUUGGACGACCCUGUAGGUGCAGAAAACGGCACUCUUGGAAUUCUGGUCAGUUCUGCUGUAGAGGUUAAUUUAGGAGGCAAACUGCUCAAACCCGCAGUGGUUGGAGUGAAGCUGGACAUGGAAGCAUGGGUCGACAAGUUUAAGAUCCUGGCCAGCAACGUGUCAGACAGUCGUCAGGGCUCGCACAAGUGCGGACCAUCCAGAAGUUGCGAAAUGGACUGUGAAGUGAACACUGAUGACCUCCUCUGCUAUCUCAUUGAUGAUGGUGGGUUCCUGGUUAUGUCCAAUCAGAGAGAUCACUGGAAAAAGAUCGGUCUUUUCUUUGGUGAUGUGGACCCUUAUCUGAUGCACGCGCUCUACAACAACUCUAUUUUCUCCCGCCGUCAGUCUUUUCACUACCAGUCUGCAUGUGAACCAGUCAGCAGCAGCCACACCGGUGCAGCACCGAGAGGCAUCUUUGUGCCGUCCAUUGCUGACAUCCUCAGCUUGGCCUGGUGGACGUCCACAGUGGCAUGGUCUGUGGUCCAGCAGCUACUGUAUGGACUGGCCUACAACAGCUUGCUCUACCAAGACAAUGUCCUAGUUGAAGGUUUUGAGACAAAAGAAAGCAGCUGUGUGACCAUCCAGAGCCAGUUCUACUUCACAAACACCACCAACUCCUACAACGUGCUGCAGGACUGUGGAAACUGCUCACGGCUGUUCCACGCGAAGCGGAUAGAAAACACCAACCUGCUCUUUGUUGUUGCUGAGACGCUUCCCUGCAGCUCCUGUGAGAUCGAGAGAUUGACCCAGGUGAGGACGGAGUUUCAGGAGGAGAAUCCAUGUGAAGUACUGAGCAACGCACGAUAUCGUAAAGGCCCGACUUCCUGCUUUGACUACAGUGCCUUAGAAAACACGUCAGAGUGUGGACGGGGUCAUUCUCUGGAGUCCUCCAUAGGAGUCCUUCUCUUUAUUCAGCUUAUUCUGCCUCUCUUUCAUCUCUGACACGUGCAAACAUCUUUCAUCUCUUUGGGUUAAGGCUCGGAUCUACUGAAGGUCAGAUCAAACAGCAACUGCAAAAUCCUUUUUUCUUUUUUUUUUUUAAUCUACAAAAAGCACACGAUGCAUUGUGCUAGUGGUAAAAAAGUACCUGGAUCAGCUCUUUGUUAUUUUUUUGCCUUAUUGCAUAUGCAUUUGUUGGUGUUUGAGGGCUUAAAUGCAAAAUAUAGGUAAAGAAUGUGUUGAGUGUGCAUGCUACUUAUACUAGGACAAGCAUGUUUGAAAUUUUUUGCACAUGGGCUCAGCCACAUAAUGAAUCACACAAAAAGUCAGGGAGGCAGCCGAAAUAUACUUUUAAUAGGCCAAUAAAUAAGCAACCUGCUGGAACAGAUGUACUGAAGGGAGGUUAUCAUAUCAUACUGUAGAAAUACUUUGUAAUACGUAAAAGUCAAAA